CGGCAUCUCUACCAUGGUCUUUCCUGGCAUCGCCGCACUGCGGAAGUUUGAACAGCAAGCCAGAGAGGUGAUUAGAGAAAGGGACAGCUUCCCUCUCUGGAAGGUUAUUCGCCACUUGCUUGAUCAGGCCAGGUUCACCCCCAUGAGAGGAUACAGCUUAUUGACGCCAUUCGACCUCCCAACCCCCGCGGCCCACGAGUAUGCUGUUGUUCGUAUCUAUAGUGGCAUUUAGAACCUGGUAGUCUGGUGCCUCGACGGCUGCGGUGGGUUCGUCGCCACGCAAGUGUCUUUGAGUGAGAUGAUGGUCAGCCGAGAUUGCCCAUGCGGCAUAAUCAUGG